AUGUCUGUUGGUGCUUGGAAUGUUAGGGGAUUGAAUAAAUCUGUUAAGCAGAAGGAGGUUAUUGAUGUUAUUAGGUGUAAUAACCUUGGUAUUUGUGCUGUGAUUGAAUCUCAUGUCAAAAUCUUAAAUCUCAAGAGUGUUUGUGCUAAGACUUUUGGGCAGUGGGAUUGGAUCUCUAAUAAUAAUAGUUGUGAAGCUGAUCUUGGCAUGUAUUUGUCUUUUAUAUAUGCUGCUUCGAAUUAUAUUGAAAGAAGAUUACUUUGGGAUAAUUUGAAAAAACAUAGUUUGGUUGUUAAUAGGGAAGCUUGGGGUUUAUUAGGUGAUUUUAAUGUUGCUAUAAAACCUUCGGAAUAUUCUGAAAGCUGUUCUAGAACUCCUAAAGGAGUUGAAGAUUUUGUUGAUUGUUUGAGUUUUAUUGAAGUGGAGGACUUGAAGUCUUAUGGGUUUCAGUUUACAUGGAACAAAACUCCUAUGGGUAAUAUGGGGCUGUUGAAGAAGCUUGAUAGAGUUAUGGUUAAUCAAAAAUUUAUGUCGAACCAUCCUCUUGCUCAUGCUGUCUUUAAACCAUACAGAAAUUCGGAUCAUUGCCCUGCUAUUUUAAAUUUUCCUGUGACACAAAAGUUGAAGAUUCUCAAAAAACAUUGCAGGGAGAUGUGUAAUAAAUAUUGGGGAGCUGGAAAAAGAAUUCAGAAAUUAAGAAAGGAUUUGGAAUGUAAACAACAAGAUAUUGACAAUAAUCCUUUUGAUUGCAAGAUUAGGGAAGAGCAUGCUAAUAUUUUCUUAGAUUUUAAUAUUGCUUGUAAUGAUGAAGAAAAGAUUCUUGCUCAGCGUGCUAAAAUCAAAUGGUUACAGGAUGGGGACAAUAACUCUAAAUUCUUUCACAAAAUUGUUAAAAGCAAGGGUAUCAAUAAUCGUAUUCAGAUGGUUCUGAAUGAAGAUGGUCGUUGGGUGAGUGGGAAGGCUAUGAUAGAGAAAUUUGUGUCUCAUUUUAAUAAGUUUUUGGGAUGUAAGGAUGAUACUGAUUUGUCGGGCUUAAAUGAUGAGUUUUUUCCUAAAAAAUUGGACAGUAGGGUGGCUGUUGAUAUGAUUAGAGUGGUUACUGAUGAAGAAAUUAAAUUGGCGAUGUUUGACAUAGAUGACAAUCGUGCCCCUGGGCCUGAUGGGUAUUCUUCAAAAUUUUUUAAAAGUUCUUGGAGUAUUGUUGGUCCAGAUGUUUGUAAGGCUGUGAGAGAAUUUUUUGGACUGUGUAUCAGUAAGAUUAUAGUGAAUAGAAUUAGAAAUUGUUUGGGAGAUAUUGUAAGUAAUAACCAAUCAGCUUUUAUUCCUGGUAGAUCUAUUUUGGACAAUAUUCUUCUUGCUCAGGAGUUGAUGGUGGGGUACAAAAAAAAGAGAGGUACCCCUAAAUGUACGAUAAAGAUUGAUAUACAAAAGGCUUAUGAUACGGUGGAUUGGGAUUUUCUUAAUAGAGUUCUGCAGGGAUUUGGGUUUCAUCCAGUCAUGGUUAAAUGGAUUAUGGCUUGUGUUUCUUCCCCGUGGUUCAUGCUCAAUUUUAAUGGUGAAGAUCAUGGGAGUUUUUUAUGGGCUAAUGGUGAGAUAGUCAAAGGUAAAGCUAAAGUUAAGUGGCUUGAAAUUUGCAAACCUAAGGAGUAUGGUGGGCUGGGAAUAAAGAAUUUGAGGAAAUGGAAUGAUGCUUUACUUGCUAAACAUGUUUGGAAUGUGGUUAAUAACAAAAAUUCCCUGUGGGUGCAGUGGGUGAGAAUCAAUUAUAUAGGCAGCAGGAAUUUUUGUGAUAUUCUGCAGAAAAAGAGUAUGAACUGGACAUGGAAGAGAUUUUUGGAGAUAAGGAAUACUGUUAGACCUCAUGUUAUUUCAUGUGUGGGUAAUGGGCGGAACACUUCUUUAUGGCAUGAUUGGUGGCAUCCAAUAGGUAUCCUUUGUACUAUUAUCCCUAGGAGAGAGUGGAUUAGUAAUGGUCUUAGUGAUUCUGCUUUAGUUUGUGAUGUUCUUGAGUUUGAUUCUUAUUCAUGGCCGGUUGAAUGGGUUAAUAAGUUCCCUGGAUUGACUGAAGCUCCUAUGUUUUGUAUUGAUUCUAAUUUGAAUGAUGUUGUUGGAUGGAGGGAUAAGGGAGGUAUAUGCAGAAAAUUCUCAUGCAAACAGGUGUGGAAUGAUUUGAAUAAUUUUGGGGAUAUUAUGCCUUGGUUUGAUCUUGUUUGGUAUAAUAAUUGCAUUCCUCGCAACUCUUUUAUUUUAUGGUUGGCUGUCCUGAACAGAUUAAAAACUCAGGAUAGGGUUAGAGGAUGGGAAUUGGCUGGUAACUUGCUGUGUCCUUUUUGUGAUAAUGUGCCUGAUUCGCAUAGCCAUUUAUUCUUUAAUUGUGAGUAUUCCUCUAGAAUUUGGAAAUAUUUCUGCAGUAAAGUGGGGCUAAAUUUAAGAACGGUUGAAUGGAAUGAUCUUAUUUUAAUGUUGAGCAGAAUGCUUAAACUGAAGACAGGGGAGAAUUUGAUCAUUAAAUGUAUGAUUGCUAGCUGUGUGUCUAAUAUUUGGAGAGAGAGAAACGCUAGACUUUUUGGUUCUAGCAGAAUAUCAGUUGAGGGGGUUAUAGCUAGUAUUGAGAAUGAGAUUCGUUUGAAGCUGAUGGGAUUAAGGAAAAGAGUUAAAAUGAUCAAUAAUAAGUGGUGGCAGUUAAAUAAGGAUGAUGUUAUUAAUGGUAUAUGGUGGGGGUAUUUUGGGAAUAAAAAUAUGCACAAAGGAAUUGACGGAAUAUGUCACUGGUUGGAGAGUUUACUCUUAAAUCAUGUGACUUGUACCUAUGGGAUUUGCUGUUUGGAUAUGAUCUUAAUUGAGAUUACCCAAAUAGAGAAUCCUAGACAUAAAGGCGAAGCAAAGGUUGGUGGUGGGCAAUAG